AUGGCGGCUCAAGUUGCAUCGGGAGUGGGAAACCUCAACUUGAACUCUGAAGACGGGGCUGCUGCGAAGAACAUAUCGGCGCAAGGAUCUCCUGAGAAUGAAGCGCGAGAGUCUGACGGUGAAUAUGACGAUGAUCAAGGAGCCCCAGAGCUAGGCAAUACCACGGCUGCAAAGAAAAAGAAGAAGAAGACAAAGAAGAAGAAGAAGGGUACCUCGAAAGUGCAAACCGAACCCCCACGCGUAAUUCUCUCGAGUCUGUUCCCCAACAAUCAGUACCCGGAGGGCGAGAUUAUCGAAUACCAGAAUGAGAAUGCGUACCGCACUACCAAUGAGGAGAAGAGACACCUCGACCGUAUGAACAAUGAUUUCCUCGCCGAAUACCGUUACGCGGCAGAAGUUCACAGGCAGGUGCGGCAGUAUUCGCAGAAAGCAAUCAAGCCCGGACAGACCUUGACGGAAAUCGCAGAGGGGAUUGAAGAGAGUGUCCGCGCACUCACGGGCUACCCGGGGCUGGAAGAGGGGGAUAAUUUACGGGGGGGCAUUGCAUUCCCUACCGGUGUCAAUCUCAAUCACUGCGCGGCACAUUAUACUCCCAACGCAGGAAAUAAAAUGGUCUUGCAGUAUGAAGAUGUGAUGAAGGUUGAUUUUGGCGUUCAUAUAAAUGGAAGGAUUGUGGAUAGCGCAUUUACCAUUGCGUUUGAUCCGGUAUAUGAUAAUUUACUCGCCGCUGUCAAAGACGCCACGAAUACUGGAAUUAAGCAAGCUGGUAUCGACGUUCGGAUGAGCGAUAUUGGUGCAGCUAUCCAGGAGGCCAUGGAGAGCUACGAGGUCGAGAUCAAAGGAACCUCGUACCCCGUCAAAGCCAUUCGAAACCUAAAUGGACACACAAUUGGUCGAUACGAGAUCCAUGGUGGCAAGAAUGGGAAGAGCGUCCCAAUUGUCAAGGGUGGAGACCAAACCAAAAUGGAAGAGGGCGAAGUCUACGCCAUCGAAACUUUUGGCAGCACUGGAAGAGGUUAUGUUAGGGAUGAUAUGGAAACUUCUCACUAUGCCAAGAUCCCCGAUGCGCCCAAUGUUCCACUCCGCCUCUCAUCUGCGAAGAACCUUUUGAAUGUCAUCACAAAGAACUUUGGCACGUUGCCUUUCUGCCGUCGAUAUCUAGACCGACUUGGGCAAGAUAAGUACCUUCUUGGAUUGAAUAACUUGGUUGCCAAUGGAAUCGUGGACGCAUAUCCUCCAUUAUGUGACGUGAAGGGAUCCUACACCGCUCAAUUUGAACAUACUAUCCUCCUGCGACCAAACGUGAAAGAAGUUAUUAGCCGAGGUGACGAUUACUAG